GCCCAGCCCUCAGGGACCAAACCCAGCCCCAUCCAGCGUGGAAGCCACCAGGGAAUCACAGCACAGACAGACCUCGGGUUGUCCUGCCAGGCUGCUGCAGAGAAACUCCCACCAGGAGGGUGAAAGGAGCAGGCAAGCAGGAGGAGGAUGGCAGAAAUGGAGCUGAGUAAGAAGUGCCCCCUGGUGAAUGGCAGGGCUGCCGAUGGUCAGGACAGCACCUGGAUCCUUCCCAACUUGCCCAGUAAGUGCACAUGGACAGCCACAACGCCUGCCAGCAAGUCUCCACACUCCUGUGUUCCCUUGACAGAAGAAAAGAAGAUCUUGCCCAAUAUCCUCAAGAAAAUUGGCCACACCCCAAUGGUCCAAAUCAACAAGAUUGGGAAGUCCUAUGGGCUCAAGUGUGACCUCUUGGCAAAAUGUGAGUACUUCAACGCGGGGGGCAGCGUGAAGGACCGCAUCAGCCUCAGGAUGGUGGAGGAUGCUGAGAGAGCUGGGAUUAUCAAACCAGGAGACACCCUGAUUGAACCCACGUCAGGAAACACAGGGAUUGGGCUGGCCCUGGUGGCUGCACUCAAGGGUUACCGCUGCAUCAUCGUCCUGCCAGAGAAAAUGAGCAUGGAGAAGGUCGAUAUCCUGAAGGCCCUGGGUGCUGAAAUCAUCAGGACGCCCUGCACUCGCUUUGAUGCCCCCGAGUCCAACGUCCGCGUGGCCUGGAAGCUGAAAAAUGAAAUCCCAAACUCUCACAUCUUGGACCAGUACAGAAACCCCAGCAACCCCCUGGCUCACUACGACACCACGGCCGAGGAGAUCCUGGAGCAGUGUGAAGGCAAGGUGCACAUGGUGGUGAUUGGGUCUGGCACAGGAGGAACCAUCACUGGUGUGGCCAGGAAGCUGAAGGAGAAGUGCCCAGAGUGCAAGAUCAUUGGCGUGGACCCUGAUGGCUCCAUCGUCGCCCUGCCCAGCGAGAUGAACAAGAGCAACACCACAACCAUCGAGGUGGAGGGCAUUGGGCACGACUUCAUCCCCACUGUCCUGGACAGAUCUGUGGUGGAUCAGUGGUACAAAUGCAACGACAGAGACUCGUUCCUCAUGUCCCGCAGACUGAUCAGAGAGGAGGGGCUGUUGUGUGGUGGCAGCUCGGGCAGUGCCAUGUCUGUGGCUGUGAGAGCUGCCAGGGACCUGCAGGAGGGCCAGCGCUGCGUUGUCGUCCUGCCCGACUCCGUCCGGAACUACAUGUCCAAAUUUGUGAAUGAUCAGUGGAUGAUAAAAAACGGGUUCCUAAAUGACGCCCAGGAGCACAAGCCUUGGUGGUGGAACAUCAAGGUGCAGAAACUGAAUCUCUUGGCCCCUCUCACCCUCCUCCCAGAAGUCAGCUGUCAAAAGGCAAUUGAGAUCCUGCAGGAGAAAGGAUGUGACCAAGCUCCUGUUGUUGCUGAGUCAGGGCUUAUUUUGGGAAUGGUGACCCUCAGCAACACCCUGAGCUCCGUGCUGGAUGGAAAUGUGGAGUUCUCAGACCCUGUCACCAAGGUCACCUACGACCAGUUCUCCAAGAUCAGCCCGGAGGACAGCCUUGGGAAGCUUUCCUGCCUCCUGGAGAACGACCACUUUGCCAUCGUUGUACAUGAGCAGACACAGUUCAGUGGAAAUGGCAGCUCCUCCACGAAGCAGACUGUGCUUGGAGUGGUCACAUCCAUGGAUCUCCUCACCUUUGCCAGCAGGAAUGAGAAGAAGUAGCAGAGCAGCUCAGCUGCCCCCCUCCUCCAGCAGGUCCAGGUGUGCCCCUGAGCCCAAACCACCUGGGCAAGGGAGCCUCUGGCCCAAUGCAGCCAAUACUUUUUCAAAAUGCCCAGGAGAAAAUUGUGAUGUGUUCUAUUUGUCUGCCAAAUGCCACCCAGAGUAUCACUAAAGAGGAGAUAACUGAAGAAAUUGUCUUUAACAGCCACGCGUGCUCACAUGGAGCUUCCCAGGGCUGGGCAGGGAAUCUGGGAAGGUCAGCUUGGGAAGGGGAUGGUUCUUCCUGCCCAGAGUUUAGCAGGAGGAGCUUUGGUGAGUUUGGCAGCUGCAGGUACCUGUGCACUGCCCGUGGUGCCGCUGCUGAGGGUUAUCCUUGGGGCCAGAGCCCAUUUCUGCCACAAGAGCAGCAGGGCUGGGGGCAAGUCAGGGCACUGCUGCACCCUUCUGCCCCUCUCUGCCCAGCCAGGCAGGCUGCAGGCACCCCCAGGAGCCAUUCCCCUCACCCCUGGGGAUGUUUGCCCCCAAGGAGGCAGCAGGAGAGUGUGGAUCUUCACUUCUGUUUGCCAGGCUCGGGAUUAAAUGCGUGAGAUGGUA